AUGGCUUCUCUCACAGUGCUGCUGCUGCAUCUGCUGCUCAUGCUCUCAUCUGCAUCUGCAUGGUACUACUCGUACUAUGGCGGAUCACUGACCUUCACCCCAAAAGGACAGUAUUCAGAUGGGACUUAUAAGGUGGAACUUCACAACAAGCAAACUACAAUUUACUGCAAUUUGAAUUACUACUCGUGCUCUUCUGGAGACUGUGGGACCCAGACCGAAACCACCAGCACAGGUUUUUACAGUAAUUCCAUGGGUUUCUACUGGUGCCAAUAUGACACGGUGAACAAAAUAAACCUCAACAGCAACCUCCCCUUUGAGAUUAGAUACCCUACUAAUGUCAGUCCCUACAUCGGUCUGGGCGUCUGGGCAUCAAACUUCCAAAACUCAAUGGCUAACUGGAUAAUGACGGCACAUGUGGACCUGGGAACCAGAUCUGAUACUGGUGAAUCUAACAGAUCGCCCAUCACUGAUAUGCUGCCUGUUCUCAGAUGCUCCAACAACAGACGCUCCAACAACAGCUGCUCCAACAACAGCCGCUCCAACAACAGUCGCUCCAACAACAGCCGCUCCAACAACAGCUGCUCCAACAACAGUCGCUCCAACAACAGUCGCUCCAACAACAGCUGCUCCAACAACAGUCGCUCCAACAACAGCCGCUCCAACAACAGCUGCUCCAACAACAGUCGCUCCAACAACAGCCGCUCCAACAACAGACGCUCCAACAACAACAGUCGCUCCAACAACAGUCGCUCCAACAACAGCUGCUCCAACAACAGCUGCAACAACAGUCGCUCCAACAACAGUCGCUCCAACAACAGCUGCUCCAACAACAACAGUCGCUCCAACAACAGUCGCUCCAACAACAGCUGCUCCAACAACAGCUCCAACAACAGACGCUCCAACAACAACAGUCGCUCCAACAACAGUCGCUCCAACAACAGUCGCUCCAACAACAGUCGCUCCAACAACAGCUGCUCCAACAACAGCUCCAACAACAGUCGCUCCAACAACAGUCGCUCCAACAACAGUCGCUCCAACAACAGACGCUCCAACAACAGUCGCUCCAACAACAGACGCUCCAACAACAACACCGCUCCAACAACCACACAGCCUUACCGAACAACAAUUGCUCCUUUGAGCAAGCUUCCUCUGCAGUUCACUGUUUAUGUGGACUAUCACAAUGCCCCUUCAUGCCUUGAUGGAGAUUACUUUCCCGUUUUCUCGUCACCAACUCCGCGUAAUGGAGUGAAUCUUCCUGCGUAUGUCAACCGCACCCUCGAAAUCAAAGUCAAAUCCGAAGCACAAUACACCACGAUUUAUGACUUGAUUGUCACUGGACCAAAGGGCAUUUCAAAGCGGAAAAUCUCCACAGAAGAAUUUAUCAUAAAUUGGACACCAACUGAAAAUGAAUUGAAUGAUCAUUUUCCUAUUUGCUUCGUUUCAGAAGCAAGAGACACGUAUUACCAAGUCUUUCAAUCAGAGCCACGCUGUGUGAUCGUGGAUGUUGGAUCCGAUGAAACCACUGUGACAUGCAAUGAAACUACGAUAACGGUGGAAGUGGAGAAGUCCUACCUCAUCAGACACAACGAGGGCAAAUUGCAUCUGAACGACUUCAGCGAUGCUUCCUGCAACCUGACAACACGCUCCAACACAACCCACCUGGUGGCUGUCAUGUCGCUGAACACAUGUGGAACCACCGUAGAGGAGGAUGAAAACAACAUCAUCUUCAAAAACAUGAUCACAUCCGGUGACCCAACUGAAAUCAUUUCCAGACAAAAUGACGUUGAGAUCGUCUUUUCCUGCGCCUAUCCAAAGCGAUCCAACCUGACACUGGGAUUCACGCACAAGAACCCGUACGUCUUCACAGAGAAGGGCUUCGGGGCUUUCACCUUCCAGUUUGAAUUCUUCCAGAGCCAGCGGUUCAGAAAACAAAUUGAAAGCAGCACUUACCCAGUGGAGGUGUACCUCAAACAGAUGAUCUUCAUGCAGAUCGAGGCGACCACUUCCAUCCCCAACACAGAGCUGUUUGUGGAGUCCUGCAAGGCGACUCCAUAUGACAACCCAAACUCUCGCAUCAGCUACACCAUCAUCGAAAAUGGGUGUGUAAGAGACAACACGGUGGAAAUCUACAACAGCUCCAAAUCUCAAUUCAGAUUUGGAAUGGAGGCUUUUGAGUUCAUUGGUGCUCAUGAACAGGUGUACAUCACUUGCUCGGUCAUCCUGUGUGAGACUGGCGUUCUCGGGAGCAGGUGUUCUCAGGGAUGCAUCAACUCCAACUCAGGGAACCUUCGGGUCAAAAGAGAAGCUGUGGCCCAGUCUUCCCGCCACACCAUUUCCCAGGGACCUUUGCACCUGGCUAAAACUUCUGACAGCCAAGCAUCUGGCCCGAGCCUGAAUAUGGGCCUGAACAUCAUCUUCAUUGUUGGCUGCCUCCUGGCAUGCGGAGUGGUGAUCUACAGAUCGAGGAGGUCCAAAGCUAAAUACCAACCGCUGCCAACCUUUGAGACAGACUGAAGACAGAGACGCCGU